AUGAGUUCUCCAUCAACAUCUUCUCCAUCAUUCAUCUUACCAGAUAGCCCACCACAGCACAUCCUCAACUACUGGCAGCGGAAAGCUGCCCUCGCUGCUGAGUCAUCCGCUGCCGCACCCGCGCCCUCACCGCUCAGCGUGGAACCACCAUCACCAUUCGGGGAGAUCAUCAUCGGGGACAGCCCUAUUCAGCGCUUGGCUCCAGCACCUACCUGGGCACCGCGGCGUGCGGUGCUAGCUACCCUCUCGAACAACAUCAAGCAGAAGCAGGCAAAGAGGAAGUUGGUGUUUGGGGACGAGCCUGAGGUUAGCGGGGAAGAGGAGGAGGAGUCAAUCUACUCUCAAACAAAGAUUCGAGUAUACUUCACGAUGAGUUCUCCAUCAACAUCUUCUCCAUCAUUCAUCUUACCAGAUAGCCCACCACAGCACAUCCUCAACUACUGGCAGCGGAAAGCUGCCCUCGCUGCUGAGUCAUCCGCUGCCGCACCCGCGCCCUCACCGCUCAGCGUGGAACCACCAUCACCAUUCGGGGAGAUCAUCAUUGGGGACAGCCCUAUUCAGCGCUUGGCUCCAGCACCUACCUGGGCACCGCGGCGUGCGGUGCUAGCUACCCUCUCGAACAACAUCAAGCAGAAGCAGGCAAAGAGGAAGUUGGUGUUUGGGGACGAGCCUGAGGUUAGCGGGGAAGAGGAGGAGGAGUCAAUCUACUCUCAAACAAAGAAACGAGCUGUAAUGGAGCAUGACUCCUCACUUGCCCCGCUAAUGAAGGAGGUGGAGGGCGCGGGAGAGUUGGACUUUGUCCAACUCAUGAACAAACCUCUACCCAAACCGUGGAUCCCGCUGAGGGAGUUGAAGGAGGAUCUACUGUACCGCAUCAUCGGAGCUCGAGAGGACACCAAUAAACACGGUCGACGUGUAAUUUUAAAAAUAAGGAAUGCAGGAAGCAAAUGUGAGGUGUAUCUACCUCAAAGAUUUGCUUCCUGCAUUACCAGAGAAAAAAUAGAACAUUUUAACAUCAACUGUAAAAAUUAUGUGUUGCUAGUAACACAUAAGUCGCCAAAUUGGUCAGAUAUAAAAAUUGUUAUUGCUUAACAUUUUUUAUAUCUGUAUACAAUUUGUCGACCUAUAUGUUACGAAU